UUUAUAUAUAUAUAAUAUAAUCGAUCUAUAGGAAACUCAAGCAAAUUCUGAUACAGUACCAACUCUUUGUUUCACAUAAAACUGAAGUAGGGAGAUAUGGAGGAGGGGUUGUUGUUGUUGAAGCAGGCGGAACAGCAUCAGUGGAGAUGGCCGAAGAAUGUUGAAUUCGCGGAGGAGGUCAAGAGGACUUGUUACAUAGCGUUCCCAAUGGUGGCGGUCACAGUCUCACAAAACUUGCUGCGGGUCGCUUCCAUGUCUAUGGUUGGUCAUCUUGGUGAGCUACAACUCUCUGGCACUGCAGUCGCUACUUCACUCACUAAUGUCACCGGCUUCAGCCUUCUCUUUGGAAUGGCGAGUGCGUUAGAAACUUUAUGCGGGCAGGCUUACGGAGCAGGACAGUACAGAAAGCUUGGUUACUACACAUAUGGCGCGAUAAUUUCUCUGCUUUUGGUCUGUUUCCCCAUUUCUGUUUUAUGGAUAUGCAUUGACAAACUUCUAAUCCUUCUCGGCCAAGACCCUUUGAUUUCGGCUGAAGCACGUAAAUUCUCAGUGUGGCUCAUCCCUACACUGUUCCCUUACGCCAUACUCCAAUUAAUUAUUCGAUAUUUACUGUCACAAAGUCUCAUUUUUCCAAUGCUAUGGAGCUCAAUCUCUGUACUAGUUCUUCAUGUACCUAUAUGUUGGGCUCUAGUGUUCAAGCUGGGUUUGGGGAUUGUUGGAGCAGCAUUAGCAAUCGGAGUAUCGUACACUUUGAAUGUGAUCUUUCUUGGGGUUUACUUGUAUAACUCGAAAGCAUGUGAAAAGACUCGUGUCAUGUGUUCACAAGAUGUUAUGACAGAUAUCAAGGAGUUUUUCCGCUUGGCCAUCCCAUCUGCUAUCAUGAUAUGUCUUGAAUGGUGGUCGUACGAGAUUGUUGUGUUGCUGUCUGGCCUACUACCAAAUCCACAAUUAGAGACUUCAGUGCUCUCAAUAUGCUUGACAGUUGGUGCCUUACACUACUACAUACCGUACUCAUUUGGAGCGGCUGCAAGCACACGUGUAUCCAACGAAUUAGGAGCUGGGAAUCCAAAGGCUGCAAAAAUGGCUGUCUUGGCUGUAUCGGCUCUUGGAGCAGUGGAAGUGAUCUUAGCCAUCACCAUUCUUUUCUGCUCUCAUUCUGUUCUUGGAUACGCAUUUGGUAAUGAAAAGGAAUUAGUUGACUAUGUUAAAGAUAUCACCCUCCUCCUUUGUUUCACCAUAUUUGCAGAUACAAUACAAUCAAUUCUUUCAGGAGUUGCUAGAGGGAGUGGGUGGCAGCAUAUUGGGGCAUACAUCAAUCUCGGGUCAUAUUAUCUUGUCGGAAUCCCUAUGGCGCUGGUCCUAGGGUUUUUGUGGCGACUAAAAGGGGAAGGAUUGUGGGGUGGACUUUGUAUCGGAUCUACAGUGCAAUGCAUUCUGCUUACUCUUGUAACAUGUUUCACUAAUUGGGAAAAACAGGUCACAAAGGCAAGAGAACGGGUGUUUUACAGGGCAAGUUUUGAUGAGGAAUGAUUCUUUAGUUAAAGAAACAAAACAAGCUUACACAUGAACAAUGAAGACUUUUCUACUAACCGGAAAUGCUGAAGAGGCAAACAACCAAUACUCAGAUAUAUAGAUAGAGAUAUAGAUGAGGAACUUCAACAAUGGUUUAAUGGAAACCAUAUGAUGUUAGUUUGUGAAGAAUAUUAGUUGCAUUCAUUUUGUAUAAUAUCAAUCGAGUUACUUACUAUA